UGCUUCUCUCUCUCUCUUUGCCGAGGGAGGAUCCAGGAAGGUUGCCAGCUGGUGACAGAAGCAAUGCUCCACUGACACACACCAGCAGCCAGCAACGAGACACGCAGGAAGAAAAAGUGACCACAUUGAAGAAGAGCUCGCAGUCGACAUGCCUCAGUAUUCAGAUCUUGAGAAGGCCAUCAACACACUGGUCACCCAGUUCCACUCUGCUUCAGCCGACAAUGGUCCAACACUGAAAACCGACGAAUUCAAAAACCUUUUGUCCUCUCAGCUGCCUAACUUGGUCAAGGGGGUCGGCUCAGAGCAGGGACUGGGUGAAAUCAUCCGGAAGAUGGGUGUAGGUGAAGGAGAGGGCAUCUCUUUCAAGCAUUUUUGGAGCUUAAUCCAGUCACUAGCCACCACGCAGCACGGCCUUCUUGCCGGCCAGAAGGGAUGCAGCUGCAUCCUCCUGUAAAAAAAGCAGGCUCUCAGCCCAACACAUCAGCAAUCUCUUGAGUUUCCAUCCUGAAAUGUAACAAUAUGCACAUCGCUCUCCUCAUCAGGUGUCAGAAUACAAAGGUGAAGUCUAGUCUGCACAGAGCAAGCUAUUCCCAAACACUAAAACAUUACAGUUUCUAAAUGCUGUGAUCUCUACAUUACACUUUGGCCUUUGCACCAGUGAAAUUUGUUAAUAAAUUGGCUUAGGUUGCUGUUUCUGGACAGAGUAAUCUGAUUUGUAUUGUUGUCUCAGCAUCAAACUGACCAUUUAUCAACAGAUUUACACUCCAACGGCUUCAGCACUAGAUGAUGCUUAAAAAAAAGUGCUUGUUGGAUAGCCUAACAGUGCCCGAAACCCACAGCUUCUUCAGCUUCACACUACACAUUGAAUAAUCUUUUCAGGCACUAUUAGACGAUCCAGCAGCAUUUAGCACUACAAGGCUCUAACACUCAUUUUGAAUUUAAUGGGCGGUAUCACAAACAUAGUCACUUGUUCCGGUUUAGUCUUGUUUGUUUUCCAUGUAUAAUGGUGCCUUCAAAUGCAGGUCGUGUUUACUCCACUAACAAUAAGGAGGACGAACCGCCCAAUGUUGUCGUAUUUACAUUACAUUAUUGUACAUUUUCUAAUAGCUCAAAGCGAAGUGCUGACAGUUUUGUAAAUGAUGAAAUCAAUCGAAUGGAGAUGAUACGACGUCAUUCACCAUUUUAGAGAAGGAACAAGGACAAGGUCCUAGGUGUCCAUUUUUUUCUCACUUGCCUAGCAAUUGUCAUCUCAUUAGUUAAUCACAUUAAUGCCAAGCGUAUACCAUAGUUUAUAUACAUGUCAUAUUGUCUUGUCAACUUUGCAUGUAAAAGAAAAAAAUGCUAACUCAUGAGUACCAUUUGAAGGCACGUCAAUAUGAGAGCAUGUAUAGACAAACAGAGUUGAGGCCACAUCAUUAGAAAUAUAAAAGAAGACGAUUUAAACUUCUAGAAGCUCUGAAUCUUUUUUUUAUUCCUUUGUGCAGGACUGACUCUUGUUGCAGUUCUCAAUUCACAGUAUCUGUUAUUGCGUUUACACGUUAACAUCAAGUGUUACACCUUGUCUGAAUCUAUAUGUAGAAGUAUAUGACACUAAUCAUCUCAAUUUGACCUCUCGUGUCAGUACCAAAACACAAAAGUGUAGUUUGGAUGUUUUCUUAAUGUCUUUGAACGGUGGACUUUGUGAUCAUCUGAAGAAACAUCUCAGAAUGUGUGCUUUAUAGUCCCUUUAUAAGUUUUUUUAACGAGUAAUGCUUUUCCCUCUGUGAUCCCGCAUUUUCUAUGUAUUUAUGUUUUGUAAUUCUCUGUAUUCUGACCUGCGUGACACCUUAAGAAAAAUGAUGUAAUAAACAUACAAACAAAUCAC